UGACGAAUUAAACAUAAUCUUUAUAAAUAAACUACGAAUUGUUUGUGACAGAUCUGUGAUAAAGUGAUUGAAAAAAAAAACGAACUUGAAACUGCGGAAAUAUGCCUCAGGGAAGGAGAAAAGUUCCAUUCAGCGGAAAAGCAAAAAAGCAACAAAUGCAGGCUAAAAAACAACGGCAACGAACUUUGCUUGUAAACCCAGAUGAUGAUGAAAGUUGCAGCAGUGAGAACAACGUUGAUCAUAAGAGACAAGUGAUGAAGAUAAAUGAACAACCAAGAGAUAGUAAAUCUUCGAGGAAUAAAUACGCACUACAGUUCUUUCAAGAGUCCAAUGAAAAAUUGCGAAAACGCAAGGAACGAGCCUCUAAAAGUAUCGAACCCGCAAGUCUCAAGGAUCAAGAAAUUUCCGAUAAUUAUUUUCCGCCUGGAAUUGACAUGCCAAAGCGACCUCCAUGGGAUUUUAAUAUGACAAAGGAGCAAUUGGAGACGAGAGAACAGAGAUAUUUUACAGAUUACUUGGACAGUAUGGAGGAAUUAGCUAGUUCGAGUUAUUUUGAAUUGAAUUUAGAAACUUGGCGACAACUGUGGAGGGUUCUAGAAAUGUCAGAUAUUUUAUUAAUUAUUGUCGAUAUCAGAUAUCCUGUUUUAAUGUUUCCUCCGUAUUUAUACGACUAUGUGACGAAGAAAUUGAAAAAAGAUAUGAUUUUGAUAUUAAAUAAGGUUGAUCUAGCACCUCCAGCGUUAGUGGUGGCUUGGAAAGAAUAUUUUCAUAAUCAAUAUCCAAAAUUACACAUUUUAAUGUUCACAUCGUAUCCCACUUACAAUCUUCAUGGUAGUACAAACAACGAGGAGGAGGGUAUAAAGAAAAGAUGUCGCAAGGGAAAAUUGAGAAUGGCCGCGGAAGGAGCACAGAAGUUGCUAGAGGCUUGUAAAGAUAUUGUUGGUGAUCAAGUCGAUCUAAGUUCUUGGUAUGAGAAGAUUCAAGAGGAAAUGCAUUCCGAAUACGAUUUAGAUGAUAUAAAUCACAAGGAUAAUGUAAUAAUCGAAAAGGAGGAUACCACUUACUUUGAACACGAAAAAUACAAAAAUGGAGUUCUGACUAUUGGGUGUAUUGGAACGCCAAAUGUUGGAAAGUCUUCUUUGAUGAAUGCAUUGAUGGGCAAGAAAGUCGUGAGCGUGUCUCGUACUCCUGGUCAUACUAAGCAUUUUCAGACUAUUUAUCUUACAAAGACUGUAUGUUUGUGCGAUUGUCCUGGUUUGGUCUUUCCUUCGACCGUGCCCAAAGAAGUACAAAUAUUAAUGGGUUCAUUCCCGAUUGCUCAAGUCAGAGAACCAUACACUGUUGUACAAUUUCUAGCCGAAAGAGUGAAUCUACCGAAACUAUUAAAGAUUCCACAUCCAGAGAACGAUGACACGUGGUCCGCUAUGGACAUCUGCGAUGGUUGGGCUAUUAAAAGAGAUUUUAAGACGGCACGAGCAGCUAGAUUAGAUACAUAUAGAGCAGCAAAUUCAUUGUUACGAAUGGCGUUAGAAGGAAAAAUUUGUUUGUAUAUAUACCCACCGAAUUGGACCAUUGAUAAAAAAAAAUGGGAAAAUCACGCAGAUGUUGAGACAGUACGAUGGAUUCAAGCUAGAAAUAAGGGUGAUAAUUUCAGUACACCAACCGAAGAUAUGUCUUCUGAAGAUGAAGAAACUGACGACGAAAGACUGACAGAAUCUUCUAGAAGUGCAGCGAAUGAUAAAUCUACGGAAUCGUCAAAUGAGGAAAACGACGUACUUGUAGCUAAUAAAUUUUCGUUGUUAUCUGCGGAAUAA